AACACCUUACGCAACACAGGGCCUCAAAAAGCAGAGGAGUUGGUGGCUGUGUGCUGCAGAGCUUUGUCCAUUCUAGAGAGAUCGCCAACAUGCGCGCCCUCACGACAGCCACUGCCAUCUUGGCUCUUUUGGCCCUCACUGGAGCAGAUCCUGAUUGUGAAUCGUUGAUCAAGCCUCUGGAUAUGAAAGAGGCACUGGGCAUGGGGAAGUGGUCGUUUCUGGCUGGCUUUGCCGACAAUGAGUUGGUUGCCAGCAUGCUGAAAUCCGGAAACAGUUCCUAUGUGACUCUGACUCCCAAAGAACAGCCAGACACGUUCCUUAUGCAUCGGGGAUUUAUGUUUAAAGGGAGAUGUGAAUUUACCACAAUGAAUGGUACACUCAAAGACAAUGGCCUACACUGGACAGAAAAGUUCCAAGGAGAGCCGAUGGUUAUUGUGAUUGAAAAUCUGCCCAGCUCCAACCCUGACUAUAUUGUGUUUCAAUCAAAAGGACUGAAUGUAACAGCAUUGUACCUUUUAGGGCGCUCAGCUACGAUUUCAGACACAAUGCUGCAAGCAUUCCAGAAACAAGCAGAGUGCAUGGGCUUCUCUGGACCUCCACACUUCACCUAUGAUGGUGUUACAGAACUUUGUGACCACGACCAGCACAAAGCAAAAUGUGAGCCCCUUAAGAAGGCACAAGAAGUCACAGAUGUCACACCGUACAUGGGAAAGUGGGUCCUCCUGAUGGAAUAUUCAGACAAUAAAAAAAUGAUUGACAUCCUAAAGAAUACCACCAGUUACUGGAUGUCAUGGACACCUACUCACCAAAAAGACACCUUCACUCUCAGCCAAGGAAGUAUGAUGAAUGGCACGUGUGAGUUAAUCAACAGCAAUGCAAACCUCCACAACAUCGAUGGAAGCAGCUUUGUACAAUCAGCCAUGGAGUUUGACGGGCAUGAAGUCAACACAAAGGCUUCUUUCCUCAACACGGGAGCUGAUACCCUAGUGAUACGCUUCGAGGACCAGAUGGCAGGGCAGCAUAUCAAUUCAGUCUCUCUGUUCAGUCGGACAGGGAAGGCCUCAGCCGCAGAUGUGGAGGCCUAUCUGCAAUAUGCUGAGUGCUGGGGCUUCACCAGAGAUGCCUCUUUCACUUAUGAUGGAGUUGCAGAGCUUUGUGAGAAAUCCUGAUUCACUUUAAUACAAAACCAUCUGUUGUAAAUCUGCCAUUACACACUGUCUAAUAAAAUGUCUCAAAUGUAAAAUGUCUUGUAAGGCAUUGACCAUCAAAAAAUAAAUAAAACAAAUCUGA